GCGGCCAACUUCAUAACUCACAGUCCAAACUUAACCAUAAACUAAUCCGUAAUAUAAUAGAGUAAUAUAAUCAUCUGAUGGCGUCUACUGAGAACCCUGACCCAGAAACUGGCAAAUCUGAACCGAUUCCCGCGUCGGCUACACCACCACCACCACCUCCCUCAUCAGCCGCCAGUUUCCUAGAUUGUCGUAAAAUAGACGUCAUAACAAGAGUUCUGCUUUUCUCCGCCACUCUGACAGCUCUUAUAGUAAUGGUGACCAGCGACCAGACCGAGAUGGCUCAGCUCCCCGGAGUUCGGUCUCCGGCUCCUGUCUCCGCGGAGUUCAAUGACUCGCCCGCUUUCAUAUUCUUCGUGGUUUCUCUCGUGGUGGUUAGUUUCUAUGCGCUCAUCUCAACACUUGUCUCCAUCUCUCUACUCUUGAAACCUGAGUUUACUGCACGGGUCUCCGUUUACCUAGCGUCCUUAGACAUGGUGAUGCUGGGGAUUUUGGCGUCUGCAACGGGAACGGCGGGAGGAGUUGCGUACAUAGCGUUGAAAGGAAACGAAGAAGUUGGGUGGAACAAGAUUUCUAGAGAGCGUAAGAUUAUACGUUGGGCUUCCUUUGGAUACAGUUUCAGACUGCAACACGCCAACACCGUAAACCACACGAAAGCAGUCGCUGCGGGACUCAGAGCUCUGAAGCUUCUUGGAGUAGAAGGUGUUGAGCUACCAAUCUUCUGGGGAGUGGCUGAGACAGAAUCCCCUGGAAAUUACCAGUGGUCAGGUUACUUAGCUAUUGCAGAGAUGGUCAAGAAAAUGGGUCUUAAGCUUCACGUAUCUCUCUGUUUCCAUGGCUCGAAACAGUCAGGAAUACCUCUACCGGAUUGGGUGACUCGUGUUGGAGAAACCGAACCCGGUAUCUAUUUUACAGAUCGGUCCGAGGGUCAGUACAAAGAUUGUUUAUCUUUUGCUGUUGAUGAUGUUCAUGUUCUUGAUGGUAAGACUCCUAUGGAUGUUUAUAGAGGUUUCUUGGAAAGCUUUAACUCAGCUUUCUCAGAUUUCUUGGGCAACACAAUCAGGGGAAUUACUAUAGGUUUGGGACCAGACGGUGAGCUGAGAUAUCCUUCUCAUCAAACCAGGAAACUCUCUGAUGGUGCAGGAGAGUUUCAGUGUUAUGAUAAGUACAUGCUUGCCGCUCUCAAACACGAUGCUGAAGUUAACGGAAACCCGCUUUGGGGACUCAGCGGUCCGCACGAUGCUCCUUCUUAUGAUCAACAGCCUAAAUCAGCUCCAUUCUUCUCGGAUGGUGGAUCAUGGGAAUCUGAAUAUGGUGAUUUCUUCCUUGCUUGGUACUCAUCUCUUCUCGUCUCCCACGCAGACCGAGUUCUUUCUCUUGCAUCUUCUGUCUUUAGCGGCACGAGAUUGCUUCUAUGCGGGAAGUUACCUCUCUUGCAUCAAUGGCACAAGCUACGUUCCAGGCCUUCUGAGUCAACAGCUGGAUUUUACUGCAAUGGUGACAAUGAUAGGUAUGAGAUUGUUGCAGAGACCUUUGCAAAGAACUCUUGUAGAAUGAUACUGCCUGGGAUGGAUUUAUCAGACGAGUAUCAAUCGCCGAAAUCUCUCUCGAGCCCCGAGUCAUUGCUUGCCCACAUCAAGACUUGUUGAAAGAAACAUGAAGUCGUCGU